CACCUGGUGAUACACCAGGGGACUCACACUGGAGAGAAACCAUAUGAGUGUCCGGAUUGUGGGAAAAGUUUCAGUCAGAAUUCCCACCUGGUGAUACACCAGGGGACUCACACUGGAGAGAAACCAUAUGAGUGUCCGGAUUGUGGGAAAAGUUUCAGUCAGAAUUCCCACCUGGUGAUACACCAGGGGACUCACACUGGAGAGAAACCAUAUGAGUGUCCGGAUUGUGGGAAAAGUUUCAGUCAGAAUUCCCACCUGGUGAUACACCAGGGGACUCACACUGGAGAGAAACCAUAUGAGUGUCCGGAUUGUGGGAAAAGUUUCAGUCAGAAUUCCCACCUGGUGAUACACCAGAGGAUUCACACUGGGGAGAAACCAUAUGAGUGUCCGGUUUGUGGGAAAAGUUUCAUUUGUAAUUCCGAGCUGGUGAUACACCAAAGGACUCACACAGGAGAGAAACCGUAUGAGUGUCUGGUUUGUGGGAAAAGUUUCAGUCAGAAUUCCUACCUGGUGAAUCACAAGAGGACUCACACAGGAGAGAAACCGUAUGAGUGUCCGGUUUGUGGGAAAAGUUUCAGUCAGAAUUCCAGCCUGGUGAUGCACCAGAGGACUCACACUGGGGAGAAACCGUAUGAGUGUCCGGAAUGUGGGAAAAAUUUCAGUUCGAAGUCAAGCCUGGUGAAACACCAAAGGACUCACACUGGAGAGAAACCGUAUGAGUGUCCGGUUUGUGGGAAAAGUUUCAGUCAGAAUUCCUACCUGGUGAUACACCAGAGGACUCACACUGGGGAGAAACCGUAUGAGUGUCCGGAAUGUGGGAAAAAUUUCAGUUCGAAGUCAAGCGGUGAAACACCAAAGGACUCACACUGGAGAGAAACCAUAUGAGUGUCUGGUUUGUGGGAAACGUUUCAGGCAGAAUUCUAACCUGGUGAGACAUCACAGGACUCACAUAGG